AUUGUGCUUGUGUUGCAGCUGAUUUUUGAUAUUUAAAUUAUAACAAAGCAACAAUGUCUUCAUUUGGGUAUCUGAAAGAGUUUGUGAACGAGCGACUAACUGCUGCUGCGGAGGAAAUAUUCGGCGUUUUUCACCAAACUAUCGUUCAUUAUGAAGGAGAGCUGGAGCGUCAGCGCAGGCUGCUGGAUGUCGUCUGGAGUCCUGAAAUAAAGUUACGCAGGAUAGAGCUCCCACAGCAACAUGUGUGCAAGGAGGCCGAGGAUCUCACUGAUCAGCAGCUCUGCAUCCAGAGGAGUCCAGAACCUCCACAGACUAAAGAGGAGCAGGAAGAAGUGUGCACCAGUCAGGAGGGAGAGCAGCUGGUACUGAAGCAGGAGACUGAUGCCUUUCUGCUGACUCCUACUCAUGAAGAAAGUGAAGAUCAGACUCUGAACUUCCAUCCUGAAGACACUGAAGAGUGUGCAAACACACCAGUUAUAAGCCGAGAUCAGACAGAAGACAAGCAGGGAGACUCAGAAUUAACCACAGAUGCAGUGCUAACACCACAGGAGAGACAUCCCGAAAGCAAAAGUCACACUGAUAAUGUCCACAAGCCGACCAUGACGAAGACUGUCAUGGCCAAAAAACUGAUCCAAUGUGUCACUUGUGGAAAAGCUUUUAAAUUUAAGUGCCAUUUGAAGAGACACCUGAUCAUACACGCAGAGACAAUCCCGCCAUCCAUGAAGACUUUAAAAUGUGACACGUGUGGGAAAAUUUUUAUCUUUCAGUCAGACUUGGACUUGCACCAGAGGAGUCACUCAGGGGAGAAGCCAUACCUGUGCACCAUUUGUGGGACUGGAUUCAGUCAGAAAUCAGCAUUAAAGACACACACAAGGAUUCACACAGGAGAAAAGCCGUAUUUGUGCAACACGUGCGGGAAAAGAUUCAGUCAGGCGUGGACAUGGCACGUACAUCAAAGAACUCACACAGGAGAGAAGCCGUAUUUGUGCAACACGUGCGGAAAAAGAUUCAUCCAGAUGUCGGCACUGCAGAGUCAUAACAGAAUUCAUACAGGAGAGAAACCGUAUUUGUGCAAAACAUGUGGGAAAGCUUUCAGGCAUAGUUAUGGUCUGAAAUCCCACAUGAGAAUACACUCAGGAGAGAAACCGCACACCUGCAAAAAUGUGGGAGAGCGUGCCGACUCAGCAGUGCCAUGACGCAUCACAUGAGGACAAUACACAACAGCUGAAAGGUGGGAACUUUGCAAAAUCUGCACAAAAAUGAACUUUUAUGUGUCUGAUUUGGUAAGGCACCUGUGGGACCAGAUUUAGUCAGAAAUCAUCAUUAAACAUGCACGUAAGGAUUCACACAGGAGAGAAGCAGUAUUUGUGAAACACAUGCAGGAAAAAGAUUCAGUAAGACGUCGGCAUUGCACAUUCAUAAAAUAAUUCAUACAGGAGAGAAACCGUAUGCACGCAAUACGUGUGGGAAAGCUUUCAGGCUAAGCAGUGAUUUGUCAGUCUACAUGAGAAUCCACACAGGAGAGAAACCAUACACCUGCAGAACAUGUAGGAGAUCAUUUAGACUUUGCGGUGCCCUGAUGGAUCACAUUAAGAGGAUACACAACAGCAGAAAGGCUGGAACUUUGCAAAAUCUGCGCAAAAGUGAACUUUUAUGUGUCUGAUUUGGCAAGGCAUCUGUGGGACUGGAUUUAGUCAGAAAUCAUCAUUUCACAUGCACAUAAGGAUUCACACAGAGAAGAAGCUGUAUUUGUGCAUCACGUGCAGGAGAAGAUUCAGCCAGGUAACACAAAACAGAUAGCACAAUUCAUACAGGAGAGACACUGUACAUGAGCAAAGCAUGCGGAAAAGCUUUCGAGCUUAGUAGUGAUCUGCCCGUCCACGUGAGAAUCUGAUGUCAUUAUCUUAAUAUGAAGUUUUGCUUUUUAUGAUUGUAUUAUUUAUAUUAAAUCCAUGA